GGCUCAGUGAUCUCCCACAUCUGCUCACCUGUGGAGCAGGACAAGUGCCUUAGAACAAAGAGAGGCAGGGGACGGUAGCUAAGGAUCCAGAAAAAAUUCUGGAGACUUCCACUGACAAAAGUCUCCUCAGGAUUAUCCUGUUGUAGAGCUGAGGAGACUGUCCAGAGAAGAACUGAUCCUAGGAGGCAAUAACAGUUUACUGCCUGCAUGUGAGGCACGCUGUCCUUCUCCAUGAACUUCACUGAGCAGUGUCACUUUCACCGUUCCUGAAAAUAAUGCCAACCGAGUUUUGAUAAGAAACAGGAACUACAUUUGUGGACAGGACCACCAGCUGGGUAUCCAUUAUUCCUGAAAGAGAAAUUUAAAGAAGAGACACAGAAAGAAAUGGCUGAUUCUUCAGUAAACAUGUCCCAGCAUCUGUUGACAUUUCGAGAUGUGGCUGUGGACUUCUCCCAGGAGGAGUGGGAGUGCCUGGACUCUGCUCAGAGGACUCUGUACAUUGAUGUGAUGGUGGAGAAUUACAACAACCUGGUGUCUGUGGAGAAUUAUUCUGCACGUGAUACUGUCCGUCAACGUGUGAAGAGGAAAAAGAAGUCUCGUCAGGGUAAUGAGCUUGGAGAAAUGCUUCACGAACCCUCCAACUGUGCACUUAGGAAUAGAAGGGACAGUACAGAAACCUCUAAUAACAAUAGGUGCUGUAAGGACAAGGGUGCCUCUGCUGACUCAUCGAACCCGGGUACACUUAAAAGCACUGACACUGGAGAAGACCACUGUGCAUCGAAAGACUUUGCGAAAUCUUCCGGUUUGUGUUCCAACAUUGCUCAAGAUCAGAGAACAAACAAUGCAAACAAAGAACAGAGACAAGAAAAAUAUGACCAUUUCAGCUCUACGCACAGUCUCGUGCAGCGAAUAAUCUACAUUAGAGAAAAACGAUACCAGUGUGGGCAAUGCAGGAAAUCCUUCAGUACCUCUGCAAAUCUCACUAUACAUCAGAGAAUUCAUACUGGUGAGAAACCCUAUAAGUGCAACUUCUGUGACAAAUCCUUUGCCCAGUGUACAACUCUUAAAACACACCAACGCCUUCAUACCGGAGAGAGACCUUACAAAUGCAAAGAAUGUGGAAAAUCAUUUCCUCAGUUGUCAGGACUUAAAAGUCAUCAGAAAAUGCAUACUGGAGAAAAGCCUUACAAAUGUAAGGAGUGUGACAAAUAUUUUGCCCACUGUUCCAGUUUUAGGAGACAUGAGAAAACCCAUAGAGCUGAUGAACAUACUGGUUCAGAUUGUGGUAAAGACUCGCAUCAGCUUUUGCACUUUAAAAGCCAUCAGAGUCUCCAAACUGGAGAGAAUUCUUACAAAUGCAGUCAGUGUGAUAGAUCCUUUACGCACUAUGAAUUAUUUAGAAUUCAUCAGAAAACUCAUUCUUCAGAAAUAGAUUAUGAAUGUGAAGAAUGUGGUAAGUCCUUUAUUGAAUUAUCACAGCUUAGAAGGCAUUACAAAAUUCAUCCUGGUGCAAAACCUUAUAAAUGUAAAGAAUGUGGCAAAUCCUUUACCCAGUACUCAAAUCUUCAAAGCCAUCAGACAAUUCAUACUGGAGAGAGACCUUACAAAUGUAAGGAAUGUGAAAAAACCUUUCUUCAUAACUCGCUUCUUAGAAGACAUCAGAGUGUUCAUACUGGAGAGAAACCUUAUAGAUGUAAGGAAUGUGACAAAUCUUUCACUAGAAACUCAAUUCUUAAACAACAUCAGAAAAUUCAUACUAAAGAACAGCCUUACAAAUGUGUAGAGUGUGACAAGUCCUUUACCCAACUCACAUAUCUAAGAACACAUGAGAGAGUUCAUACUGGAGAGAAACCUUACAGUUGUACCAUAUGUGACAAAUCCUUUACUACGGGUACAACUCUUAGAAUACAUCAGAGAGUUCAUACUGGAGAAAGACCAUACAAAUGUACGGAAUGUGACAAAUCUUUUCGUGAAGGCACAACUCUUAGAGCACAUAAGAAAAUUCAUACCGGAGAGAAACCUUACAAUUGUACCAUAUGUAACAAAUCUUUUAUCAGGUACUCACAUCUUCAAAGACAUCAGAGAGUUCAUACGAGAGAGAAACCUUACAGAUGUAAGGAAUGUGACAAAUCUUUUACUGAGUGCUUUCUUCUUAAAAAGCAUCAGAGAAUUCAUACUAGAGAGAAACCUUACAAAUGCAAAGACUGUGACAUAUCCUUUAUGUGUAUUUCAAAUCUUAGAAGACAUCAGAAAACUCAUACUGGAGAAAAACAUGCUGUUGUAAAUAAUGUGGCAUAACAUUUAUUUGGUGUUCCCUGCGUACAAAUCACAAGGGGAUAAGUAGUAGACUCACAAAGAUAACAAGUUUGUGAAAUCCUGAAAUGAAUAUUCAAAUCUUUAAAAAAUAUAACAAAGUUUAUAUUAAAAUAAGAUUCUGUAAAUGUAACUGUGGGGAAAGCUUUUUUUUCCUUUUUCUAUGUGCAUGAAUGCCUGGCCUGCAAGAAUGUCUGUUGCACUACAUGUAUGCCUGGAGCAGGUAGAAGCCAGAAGAGAGAAUCAGAUUCCUUGAAGUUGGCAGUAAAGACAGUGUGUGUAGUUAUUUGCAUGUUGCAAUUGAACACCAGAUCUCAAGAGCAACCAGAACUCUUAAUCACUGAGCCUUCUUUCUCAUGCUGGGGAAAAGCUAUAACAAAAACAUUUAUCUGAUUAACAUCAAGUGUUCAUAAUAAUGGGGCAAAAUGGUGCAUGCCUUUAAUCCCAGUGCUCAGAACCCAGAGACAAGAAGAUUACUCUGAGUUUCAGGCCAUCCUUGUCUACAUAGUGAGUUCCAAGACUGCCAUGGCUACAUAGAUUCUGUCUUAACAACAACAAGAAAAUCAUAAAAAGCACAACAUGUAGCAAUAAAGCAAUAUGGCAUCCAAUUGUGCUGUACCUCACAGAUCUCAUCCCUGUGAGAAACUAUGUGAAGGUAUACAAUGUAUUAUCCUCAUGGUUUAAUGGUCAUUGGACAUUACACAAACACACAUCACAAAUACAUUUAAUUUCAUAAAUCCUUUAAAAAUAGUGCUGAAAUUUCAAAGAUUUCAUUCACCUUCAGAAUCAUCAUAGUAGAGUCUGUCCUAACAAAUACAAAAAAAGGACACAAAGAGUAAAAAUUAGGCUGUGCAUCACAUUAGGCUGGUGUGUUCACAUACAUCUUAGAAAUCCUCAAAGGCAUGCGGAGAAAGAGGAACACUCCUCACUGCUGGUGGGGCUGUAAAAUGGUAUAACCAUUGUGGAAAUCAGUUUGGAGGUUCCUCAGAAAACUGGACAUGACACUUCCAGAGGACCCUGCUAUACCUCUCCUGGGCAUAUACCGAAAGGAUUCCCCGGCAUGCAAUAAAGACAAAUGCUCCAUUAUGUUCAUAGCAGCCUUAUUUACAAUAGCCAGAAGCUGGAAAGAACCCAGAUGCCCCUCAAAGGAGGAAUGGAUUCAGAAAAUGUGGUAUAUUUAAACAAUGGAAUACUACUCAGCAAUUAGAAACAAUGAAUUCACAAAAUUUUUAGGCAAAUGGUUUGAUCUGGAAAAUAUCAUGCUAAGUGAGGUAACCCAAUCACAAAAGAAUACACAUGGAAUGCAAUCUCUGAUAAGUGGAUAUUAAUUAGCCCAGAAGCCCUGAAUACCCAAGGCACAAAUUGCAUAACAAAUGACUCCCAUGAAGAAGUAUGGAGAGGGUCCUGAUCCUGGAAAGGAUUGAUAUAGCAUGGAAAGGGAAUAUAAGGACAGAAAAAGGAGGGAGGUGAUUGGAGAAGGGAUGGAGAGAAGA